AAGAAUGAGGAAAACAAAAAGAAUUGGGUGGGACACGACUUGGUCCGGCUUCGAAUAAUUGACAUCGAAAGGCAGAAGAAAUUUGUUUGAAUCCGAAGCUGAGUUCUGGCAGUAUCGUUAUUAAUUUGCCUUUUACACGAUGGAGAGCAGAGGAGGAGGAGGUGGAGGAGAAGAUCAGCUGAAGCAAAUGGCGGAGCUGAGCAAAACCCUAAAAGAAGGAGAAAGGAUUCUGGCGCCAACAAGGCGUCCUGAUGGUACUCUUCGAAAACCCCUUCGGAUUAGGGCUGGCUAUGUUCCGCAGGAUGAAGUCGCCAUUUACCAAUCCAAAGGGGCUCUGUGGAAAAAGGAGAUGGCGUCCCAUGAUGAACCUCCUGGUUAUGAUCCUCCAUCAGUUGUAAAGUCAAAGACCAAGUCAGCUAAGCGGAAUGAGAGAAAGAAGGAGAAGCGACUGCAGGCAGCUGAUGAAAAGGAUAAAGUUUUGGAACAAGUGGUUAUUGGAGAGAUCACUGAAGCAAAGGAAUCAUACGAAGAUAAUGGGUUGGAACCUGUCCAGUCAUUAAGUUCCCAGAUGAAUGAACUUUCUGUUUCUACAAAUCCGAAAAUUGAAAACCCUUCUGAGCCAAUUGAUAAUCUACAGUUUCCUUCCAAUGACAUCGAUAAGAGAAUUAGAGCAAUUAAAAAAAAGAUUCGAAUUGCAGAAGCUCAAUUGCAGAAAACACCACUGCAAGAUUUGAAGCCAGAGCAGAUGAACAAGUUAUCGAAACUCGAAAAUUGGCGCUCCGAACUAAUGCUUCUAGAAGAACAAAGGCUAAAACUAAAUUCGUUGUCGUGAAUCGGUGCAGUCAGAAUUAUUGUUCACUUCAUUUAUGCUUUAUGAUGAAGAGACCCAGAAUUACUGAACCAAAAGCGUUUCGAUUUGCACUUCUGAAAAUCUAAUCACCUGUAAAACUCCACCUUUAAAUGUGUUGUGUAAUUGCUUCCAUUCAACUAGUUUUAGGAAGGGCUUGAACUGUAGAUAGUUUUGAAGACAUUGAUUUUCUUUCGCCUCAACAUGAUUUUUUAUGUGAUCUCAAAUCAAAAUGACCAACGAACACUUCAGCUUCUCAAAGAUUA